AUGGCGCUCUUGAGCUCCCCCACCGAGACCGAGUGCUUAACCAAGCCGCUCUUCUGCCGCAAGGGGGCGCUCCGUCAGAAGGUCAUCCACGAGGUGAAGAGCCACAAGUUUACCGCCCGCUUCUUCAAACAGCCCACUUUCUGCAGCCAUUGCACAGACUUCAUCUGGGGGAUUGGAAAGCAGGGACUUCAGUGCUUAGUAUGCAGCUUUGUCGUACACAAAAGAUGUCAUGAAUUUGUCACUUUUGAAUGUCCAGGAGCUGGGAAAGGGCCCCAGACCGAUGAUCCCCGGAAUAAGCAUAAGUUCAAAACCCAUAGCUACAGCAGUCCCACUUUUUGUGAUCAUUGUGGCUCGCUCCUGUAUGGACUAGUGCACCAGGGGAUGAAAUGCACCUGCUGUGAGAUGAAUGUGCACAAACGCUGUGUCCAUUGUGUUCCCAGUUUGUGUGGCGUUGACCAUACAGAGCGCCGUGGACGCCUCCAACUUCACAUUGAGACAUUUGGGAGUGAUGAGAUCCGGGUGACUGUUGGAGAAGCGCUGAACUUGAUCCCGAUGGAUCCCAACGGUCUCUCCGAUCCUUAUGUGAAACUCAAGCUGAUUCCUGAUCCAAAGAAUCUCACAAAGCAAAAGACCAGAACCGUCAGGUCCACUCUUAAUCCUAUCUGGAAUGAAACCUUUGUUUUCACCCUGCAGCCAGGUGACAUGGAUCGGCGCCUCUCCAUCGAGGUCUGGGACUGGGACCGGACAACCCGCAAUGACUUCAUGGGCGCCAUGUCCUUUGGAGUCUCUGAGCUGUUCAAGGGCCCCCUGGAAGGCUGGUACAAAUUGCUCAAUCAGGAGGAGGGCGAAUAUUAUAGUGUCCCUGUGGCGGAUGCAGAAAACUGUGGGCUGCUGCAGAAAUUUGAGGCUUGCAACUUCCCUCUGGAACUCUAUGAGAAGGUUCGCCAUGGUCCUAUCCCAUCUCCAUCUCCAAGCCCCACCGACUCCAAGCGGGGUGGAUUCUUUGGCACCAACCGCUUCCAUAUCUCGGACUUCAACUUCCUCAUGGUUCUGGGCAAAGGAAGUUUUGGCAAGGUGAUGCUAGCCGAGCGCCGGGCAACAGAUGAGCUCUAUGCCAUCAAGAUCCUAAAGAAAGACGUGAUAAUCCAAGAUGAUGAUGUAGAAUGUACUAUGGUGGAAAAGCGGGUCUUAGCCAUGGGGGAACGUCCACACUUCCUAACUCAGCUGCACUCUACCUUUCAAACGGCGGACCGACUGUAUUUUGUUAUGGAGUAUGUCAAUGGAGGAGAUCUAAUGUAUCACAUCCAGCAGGUUGGGAAAUUCAAGGAACCCCAUGCUAUGUUUUAUGCAGCUGAAAUUGCAAUUGGCCUAUUCUUUUUGCAUAACAAGGGAAUUAUUUACAGGGAUUUGAAACUGGACAAUGUCAUGUUGGAUGCUGAUGGCCACAUUAAGAUCACAGAUUUUGGGAUGUGUAAAGAAAAUAUUUUCCCUGGCAUCACCACCCGGACCUUUUGCGGAACACCUGACUAUAUUGCUCCAGAGAUUAUAGCCUACCAGCCCUAUGGGAAAUCUGUGGACUGGUGGUCAUUUGGUGUUCUUCUGUAUGAAAUGUUAGCUGGACAGCCACCAUUUGAUGGAGAGGAUGAGGAUGAGCUCUUCCAAUCGAUUAUGGAACAUACAGUAUCCUAUCCUAAAUCUCUUUCACGAGAGGCUGUCUCCAUCUGCAAAGGAUUCUUGACCAAACAUCCGCUGAAGCGCCUGGGGUCAGGACCAGAAGGGGAACGGGAUAUUCGGGAGCAUGGAUUUUUCCGCUGGAUGGACUGGGAGAAACUGGAACAGUUGGAAAUUGCUCCACCUUUCACACCCAAGCCCUGUGGCCGGAGUGGCGAAAACUUUGACAAGUUCUUUACACGGGCACCACCAGCGCUGACACCCCCAGACCAGCUGGUCCUGGCAAGCCUCGAUCAGAGUGAAUUCCAAGGAUUUACUUACAUCAACCCUGACUUCGUGCAUCCAUCCAUGUUGCAGCAGGGAAGCCUCUCCCCAACCAGCAUGCCUCUUUCCCCAACCGGCAUGCCUCUCUCCCCAGCAGGAAUGAUCCCUUCUCCUACUUCCCUAGUGUGA